UAAGUCGAUUAUCGUAUGUUUGUGUGGCGAUGAUCUCGCGUAAUUAAACGCCGAAUAUAAUGUUAAUAGAAUAAUAAUAUCAUAAAUAGUAAUAUAAAUAUUGUUUUUAUCUGUCCACCUUGCAGUCGUGGUCCUUGCCUAAUUAUAAUCCGUCUGAAAUGGUGUGCGCAAGUUCGUAGUAUAUAACGAUUAUUAUUAUCUGACAAGUGACAACAUGUCGUCACCGACCGGCGGGUGUUUGUUGAUUAUUCACCUCCGUCUGAUAAUAAUAAUAUAACAUUUGCACUUUACGUACGCACGCCAGCACCGCAGCCCCGUCUCUUCUCCACCGUCGACGCUGUCGCUGCUGCUGCUACAAACUUAAGCCGAUCGACGGUUAAUCAAGAGAUACCUGCCGAGUACCGUCGUACCGAGUACCGACACUCGCCCUGACACUGUUAGCUAAGAUUGUAGACGUUCCACGAUAAUUAUUAUAUAAUAUGGUUCAUACAUUUUACACAUGUGUGUAUAAAAAAAAAAUGUUAAAAAUGCUAUAACUUAAAACUCUGUUACCUACACUAUUACAUUAAACCUGUUCGUGUAACCUUCAUGUUUAUUGACGAAAGCAUCUACUUAUUAAAAAUCAUGGGCAAUUGGACUAGUUGUUGCUCAUACAGCAGCCCUCUAUCUAGGCGCAAGGAUGCCAACGGUGCUAUUAAUGAAUUCGCGCAAGAUGGUGAGGAGAGUGUUGGAAACUUACAGCACAUUAGUGAACGCGAGCAUGACGACUGGAACACUGACCCAUCUGUUCAUCCAAAAGUAGCAACAAUAUUUUUGGAGAGAUCAAAAGUUGAAAAUGGUUUAACAAGAAAACAAAGUCAGUCUCAGAUUGUAGACUUUAGAUCUCUAAAGAAAAGUAGUUCAUGUUCUACUAUAUAUUUAGAUGAUAGUACAGUAUCUCAACCAAAUCUAAAAAACACAGUAAAAUGUGUAGCUCUUGCAAUUUACUAUCAUAUAAAAAAUAGAACUUCUGAAAGACAAAUUGAAAUUUUUGAUGAAAAAUUACAUCCCUUAACUAGAGAUAUAGUACCUGAUAAUUAUGAUGUUCAUAGUCCAGAACAUCGUCACAUAUAUAAAUUUGUCCGAACAUUAUUUAAUGCUGCACAACUAACUGCUGAAUGUGCUAUUAUAACAUUAGUUUAUUUAGAAAGGUUAUUAACUUAUGCAGAAGUUGACAUAACACCUGCCAAUUGGAAGAGAAUUGUUCUUGGGGCAAUUUUGUUGGCAUCAAAAGUUUGGGAUGAUCAAGCUGUAUGGAAUGUAGAUUAUUGUCAAAUUCUUAAAGAUAUAACAGUAGAAGAUAUGAAUGAAUUGGAACGUCAAUUUCUUGAGAUGCUUCAAUUUAAUAUUAAUGUUCCAUCCAGUGUUUAUGCAAAAUAUUAUUUUGAUUUACGCUCAUUGGCUGAAGACAAUGAAUUGACAUUCCCUGCAGAACCAUUAAGUAAAGAACGAGCAAAAAAACUAGAAGCAAUGUCUAGAGUAUUUGAAGAUAAGAUAACCUCAGAAUUUUUAAAAAAUGGUUUAAAAAAAUGGUCUAGUCUAGAUAAUGUAAGCAGUACAACAAUUGCUCGUAAAAGUGUUGCUAUAUUAUCUUAAAAAUAAACUAAAUAUUUUUGCAUUUAUUUAACGAAUGUAACGUCACCAAUAUUGUGAUUGUUUUUACUUUUUAGGAUUAAUGUUUUAAGUUACUAUAGUUAUAAGACUUUUACUUUCUCCAUUUAUUUUAAAUCUAGUAU